AACCAAAUGAUUGCUCAAAAUCUUCAGGUUUUCAUCGUUUCUGCAGUCCGCACACCAAUUGCCUCCUUCCGUUCUUCAUUUUCUACACUGAGUUCUAUCGAGUUAGGCAGUAUUGCAUCCUGUGCUGCAAUAAAGAGAGCAAAUAUUAAUUCAGACAUUAUAGAAGAGGUAAUCACCGGCUCUGUUUUGACUGCUGGUGUUGGCCAAAAUGUUUCACGACAAAUUGCCUUGAAAUCAGGUGUUCCAGAAUAUCGAAAUGCUUUUACAGUGAACAAAGUCUGCUCAUCAAGCCUCAAGGCCAUGCAUUUGGCUACUCAGUCAUUAAUGCUUGGUACGCGUGAUGUUGUCCUUGUUGUUGGUGUUGAAAGCAUGAGCCAGACUCCUUUUUAUCUUGCUAGAGGGGAGAAUGGAUAUGGUGAUGUUAAGUUGGUGGACGGCAUUCAACGAGACGGAAUUUGUGACGCCCUUUUAAAUCAACCGAUGGGACUUUGCGCUGAGAAAACUGCUAAGGAUUAUGGAUUUACACGUGAAGAUCAGGAUAAUUAUGCUCUUAAAUCUUAUGAACGGGCCGAGAAAGCUUGGACGAAUAGGGAAUUUUCUGCUGAAGUUGUAGAGGUUAAUGUUCGUCAACGAAAAGGAUCGCCUGAUUUGGUUAUAAAAGAGGAUGAGGAGUAUAAACGAUUGAUUAAGGAAAAGGUUUCUAUAUUGCCCCCCGCUUUUUUAAAAGAUGGAACUGGGACAAUUACUGCUGCAAAUGCUUCAACUCUUAAUGAUGGCGCUGCAGCAAUUGUUCUUGCAUCGAAAAUUGGUCUUACACAAAAUAGCACUCUAAAGCCUAUUGCUAAAAUUGUGUCUUUUGCGGAAUCUGCUCGAUUACCUAUUGAUUUUACUAUCGCCCCAGUUGAUGCCGUUAAAUUAUUACUUAAACAAUCAAACAUGUCAAAAGAUGAAAUUGCUCGUUGGGAAGUUAAUGAAGCUUUUUCUGUUACUGCUAUGGCUUUUAUUCAAUCGUUGGACUUGGAUCCGUCAAAAGUAAAUGCACGCGGAGGGGCCGUUGCCUUGGGACAUCCAAUUGGUUGUUCGGGAGCGAGAAUUGUAGUCACUUUAUUACAUCAAUUGACAGCUGGUGAAUAUGGAAUUGCAGCAAUUUGUAAUGGAGGAGGGGAAGCAACUGCUAUUCUUGUUCAAAAGAUAUGA